AUGAUGCAACAUUUAGAUACAACUUUAAUAACGACAUUUGUGGAGAGAUGGCAGCUGGACACAAACACCUUCCACAUGCCAUUUGGAGAGAUGUCGAUUCUUCUCCACGACGUGCAUCACAUUCUUCGUAUUCCAGUUGAGGGGGGAGCUGAUGAGAGAUGA